AUAAUUAAUCCCGAGCGUAUGCACGCCGUGACGUUAGCGAGCGAACGGAAAAUAUCGAGGUCCCUGCUUUCGCACGACGCGGUUAUGUUCGUGAUGAGAUCGGGCUGACAGCUUUGAUAUUUUUUUUUUCGUCUGCCAAUUGCAGCGCGUAUGUGCAGCGUGUCGACGUCGUCAUCGUCGUCAUCCUCGUGCGGUCACUUCUGGCGUACGUAACUUCCUCCUCUCCGGUGGAAUUACCUUCGCGCGCGAGUCCGGGCCGAGAGCGUUCCUCGAACGGUGAAAUAUGUGUCUACGCAUACGUUCGAUUCGAUAAUACCCGCCGCCGCGAAAUAUGUCAGCGGACACGACGGAUCCGCAGGAGAUAGCGUGCACCGAAUACAUCCACGAUGGCUGUCUCGUUAACGAGCUCGACCGCAUCGACCUGUCGCACUUGGAGUUCGAUGACAACGACGAUUGGUUGUACAUGCCACCGCAAUGCUCAACUGAAUCUGCAAUUCAGGACCUAUACACCUGGCUGAAAACGGAACCAGAAUUGGAUGUUCGAAGUAACAGGAAAUUCAUUGACACGAGAACAUUUACAAGACCUAAAAAACGAACAUCACGAAUGAGUUUCGAGUCGAUUUUUGAAGGAUUGCCACGUUGCAUCACGAACAUAUGGAAGCCACAAAAUUCAAAUGAUACGCACACUGAAAAUUUGGGGAAAUAUUCAUCUACACUAACCGGAGACAAGGAAUCUGUACCACCGAUGCUCAAGCCAUCUGUCAAAGCAGGCGUAAACGCACUGUCCGACGAAAACUUAGUAAAAUCAGGACAAGCGAGUAUGGAGGCCUUCUUAAACAUGUCACAAUCCAAAGGAAUUGAUUCAUUUAUAAACUUAGGCGAGCCUGAAUUCAGUGAUCCGCUGAUGAACAUGUCGCAGCCUUCUGUUUUGUACACAUCUAUUAUCGGCUCCGUGAACGAAUCCACGUUCGUCGAAAAUAACCUAAUACCAAUAACGCGUAAGGAUAUUACCGGCCCGGAACAAGUUGCUCAUCGAGAAAGCGACGUGCAGGAAAAAUCCGAUAGCGUCAACGCGACGUACGUGAUGCAAGACGACAACACUCUGAUUUCAUCGAACGAAACGUACCGCGUAAAUGCUCUGAACGAUACCUUCUGCAAGGACUUUGCUCCACCGGAUGUAUGCUUGAACGAGACCUACGUAGCCUCUGACGAAGCGUUAACGCCGUUAUCGAAUGUUCAUAAGUCAAAGACGGCCACUUUGUCUUCCACCUUCACAACCGAGCCUAAUACCGACGAUGAUUUCGCACAGUUGCAAAAUGAGGCCAAUAACGACGUUAAGUCAUUGGACAGCACAUAUCUAUCGUCGGCCAAACCCGUCGACAGGCAGGACACGACGACGUCGAUCAAGAGCGACGCCUACAAGCCCACAUCGCACGCGAGAAAGACGAACCUCGACGUAACUUGCAACGUUCCGAGCAACGGGAGCAGGUAUUCCUCGGCAUUCCUCGAGACACGAGACGCGAAGGACACCUUGGAUGUGUCCUUCAGGAUGCCUCUCUGCAGUCAGUCUACGCCUAUACAACCGAACGCGAUGAAUCCGACGUCGAAACUCGGCGCGAAGCACUCGGAGCAACCGCGACCAAGCCUAUACUCCGCGCUGAAGGCACCCACGUCGUUGAGAAAAGAGCUGCUGGCGGAGAUUCGCCGCAGCGACGAGCGCCGGCUCGACGUCACGUACAAUCACGUUGCCGGCGAUCAGCCCGGCGCGAAGGAGGACGCCGGCGUCUUCCCGUUGGAGAAUCGAUAUCACACGUACAGGAAGUCGGCGUUGACGACGAUGACGAAGAAUAAUCAGUCCAGAGGCCUGUACAGCGAGCGUGAUGCAACUCUGAGCGCACCUCAGAGGGACUUGACCGCGGAUCGCAAGUUUUACACCUUCACGAAGAAGAGCAACAACAACCUCGCGGAGAAGAAGAACACCGAGAACACGGACAAGAACGCGGAAGUGGCGCGUCCGAACAUGGACGGCACGUUCUGCAAGCCGCUGCCGAAGAGGAACGCGCCCAAGAUGUUCUCCAAGUUGCCGCAGUUCUUGCAGAAGUCCAAUCCGAACCUGGUCUCGAGCUCGCUGCGGACCGGUGUCAGUCUGUCCGGCAGCACCAGCUUGUUCAGCGCCGGAUACAUCAAAGGCUCGCAACCCAACAUCCUGCAGAACGUGGAGAAGUCGAGUCUGCCGAGCAAGCUGCAUCCGUUCGGCAAGCUGAAGAGCGGCUCCGAGCAACGACUCGUCGAGGUGAACGCGAAGAACGCGAGCGACUUCCCGGCGAAGGGCGCGACCGGCUCGACGGAGAGCAUAGAGAGCACUCAGAGCGCUCACAGCGCCCCCGACCUGGACGACAGGCUCAGCACGUGUUCCGACAGCAGUCACAAUUCGUGCAACAAACGCACGAUGAACAUAGAGCAGUUGCACCAGCUAGUGCGAAUGCAAGAAGAGAGUUUGAAGCAGGACUCGCCGCCCAAACGGCUCCUGGAAAACACUUGGGUCGAGCCGAAGACGGAUUUACCAUCGCCGAUCUUGAAGAACGGCAUAGAACACGGCGAGAUUGACACGCAUCCGUUGCUGAAUACCGUAGUGAACAUGAAGUGCAGCUCCCCUUUGAUAAGCCCCACUGGGUCUAGUCAUGUCUUAAACAACGACGGGAAUUCGGAAAGUAACACGGGGAAGACCAAGGAUGAUGCUGCGGUAGCUGGUAAGACAGAGGGUCCGAAUCAAGUAGUGCCUAAAAUUGAGAAUAAGACUCGGUUAAGACAACCAACUAAUUGGAGUACCGGUAGCAAGCCAUCUGCUGUGAUAAGCGGAAUUCCUAGGCCCGCGUCGCGUAUACCGGCUCCCAGAUUCGCCAGACCGAAUAAUGCGAAAAUUAAUCAAGCUGAUCUGAGAAAGGGAUGCACGUGAGAUUCCGUUUAGUGCAAACAUGUAGAGAGAGAGAGAGAGAGAGAGGCGAGAGAUAGAGACUUGUAUGCCCGAAUCUGUUUUAGUCGAAUCGUUAUUAGUGCGAUGAUUAGUAGCUGGUUAUUUUUUUUAGUUCCAUUACAUACAUAAUAACAAUGAAGUAUCUUCUCAAAACCAAUAAAAAUUCAGUAUUAUUGAGCUUCCAAGUCGGUGAAACGAUCAAACGCAAAUUAAAAAGGGGGAUAUUACUACUAUUAAUAUAUAAUGUUUGCAUGUUGUUCGCUUGUUUGUAUUCCACACGUAAAAAAUUAAUAAUGUUGUGAGAUACUGCGUUGUCACACAUUAUUAUCCUCGUAUAAUGCGUAGAUGCAUCCUUUUUUACGACUCGAAGCGUAAUUUUGCUGAUACGCAAUGAAAGAAUAUCGAACCUUGUAUUAUUUACACAAACUUAUAAAAUAUACUUUGGAAGUUUGUUAAGCGUGAAGUUGAAAAAAAAACGAACGAAAAAAGAAAAAGAAACGAAAAAAUGUCAGUCUAUCCCGCGGAUUAGAUUAUUUAAGUUAUAAAUUAUCGUUGCCAAAAAAAAAGAACUAAGGUUCCAAGAUUUUUAAGCGGUAUUGAUGUUGUUUGUAAUUUCUAUAGGACGUAGGAAUUGAUAUUUCUAUUCGGUGUUUUGCACGAGAAGUCGAAGGAGAGACGUCUCUCGCACGAUAGUUAGUACAAACAACAGCAAUAAAUUAAAAAUAUUUGUAUAUAAAAACGAUAUAUAGUGUUUGUAAAAGUCGUUCUUAGUGUUUUCUGUUAGAGUACCGAGUGACAAAUCGGCCGCAAGUUGAAAAAAUGCAUAUAUAUCGAAAGACUGUAAAUGUAAACCGACAUAAUCUUCACAUGUGCGCAAAAUUUCAUCUAAUUCCUGUUUCCGUCCUGUUUGGCAUUAUAAAUGCUCCCUUCUCGAGGGACUCGCUUGUUACGAUGCUUCGUCAAGUUACCGGAGACAUAUCAUCGCGUUUACAAAUCAUAAAAGUUUGAUAUGUAGCGUGAGAAAACUGUUCGCAUCGUGCAUAUCAUUUGUUCGGUCCCUGAACAAAUCGAGUAUUGGAAACUGAUUGAGAUAAAAAGAAAUACAUAUGUUGAAUACACGUUCGAUAUUUUGAGAAGCAGAGAAGAUAACACAAAUCGUAAAGAGAUAUUUUGUGAUCUUACGUGUUGUAAUAGCCGCGCAUGUAGAUACAUAUAUGUAUAUAUAUACAUUUUGUAGUAAGCGUUUUCACUUUUAUACAUUGAUAAUUAUUAAAAAUGCAAGCAGAAAAAGCUGUGUCUCUCGAUUUGGUUGCGGACUCCUCGUAGCGGCACUACACAAACGAAGAUAACAAUGUAUGUUCUUCUUAUUUUUCGUUUAUACCGAGAGAAAACGCUGAGCAAACUUCUAAGUUAACUCGAAUAUUCUAAAGGAAUUGUCAAUUACAAUUAAUCACCAUGUAAAAUGAUAUUAGUAUAAAAAAAGAACUAUAUAUAUAACACAUUUUUUUAUUACGAGAAAUAUAUAUAUAUAUAUAUAUAUAUCGUAAGAUUCUAUGGCCCAUAUUCUGAAUUCUUUUUCAUUGAUAAAAAUGCUUUAAAAAAAUGUGACUUUUCAGCCAAUCAAGUGGUUUCUAUAAAUCAUUUUUAGAGGCAUUUUUAUCAAUGAAAGAGAAUCCAGAACACGGACCUAUUUCGCGAACGAUUGCUAUCCUACGAUUAAAGUGCAAGGAUAUUUUGCUGCAUUCUUAUGUAUGUUGUUGACGUUUUUAUUCUAAUGGGGAGCGUGUGACGCAAACCUGCCCAAGUUAUUAAUUUUAAUCGCGAAUCAGAAUUAAAACACUAUUGUAUGCUCAUUGUAAAUAAUAAAGCGAAAAGUGAUCGUCGUAUCGUGA